UCAUUCGAUUCUUGGAUUCCAAUCAAGUAUUUUCUUGGCGAAUUCAGAAUUCAGAAUAAAGUUAUUGGAUUAAUUUUUUGUUUGAAAUUAUUCAAAUUCAGUCAACUGACCAGAAAAAUCGUCAAAAAUGAAGUUUUUCUUGUGCAUUUUGGUUCUAUCUUUUGCAACCAUGCAAGAGUUGGUGGUUGCUAAACGUGGUCCGUUUGAUCCAAAUAUGUGCUGCAAAGUUGAAAAUUCCGAACCUGACAGCGCAACUCAUGAAGCAAUGAUGAAACUUUUGGAUGAAUGUAAAAAAGAACUUGGCAUCGACGGAGAGGAAGGUAAGAAAAAACAUGAACCAUUCCAUUGCAUCAUUGAGUGUGUUUCUAAGAAAUUGAAUGUUAUCAAUGCCGACGGUACCAUCAAUGAGGCUGAAUUCACCAAUAACGUGAAAAAGAUGGCUACUGCAUCAUAUCAACAGGCUGUAGCUGAGGAUGUUGCCAAAAAAUGCAUUGCAGAAGCCAAAACUGCUACUGACAACGGUCCUAAAGAUAGUAAAUGCAACUUCAUGCCAAUGAAAUUGAAUCACUGCGUUGGAAGGGAACUUAUCAAUUCAUGCCCAGCUGAUAAGCAAGAUACCUCGGACAAAUGUGUAAAAAUGCGUGAGCACAUCAACAAACCCCGGAAUGGUCCACCACCACCACCACCUGGCAAAGGACCAGAAGGAUCCAGCGAGAAUAAUGAAUAAAGUGUAAAAUUCUGACUGAUUUGCAAUGGCAUUCUACUAUAAAUUACGACCGGAUUGAUUCAAUGGCACCAUCAACAAAAAUAUAAAUGUGUUUUUGACAAAUUCAAAUGACAGAUUUAAUGGAAAUUAUUUGAUUGUUUGCAACACUUGUUUAGAGAAUUCAAUGAGAAAAAAAACAGUAAUUACUACAUUGUAAUCGCUUUGAUGAUCUAAACCAAUAAAACAUGCACAAGAUUAAUUGAUACAGCAUUUAUACCAACAAAGUUUGUUUGAAGAAAAAUAAUAAUGAUGUGAUUUUAGGGCACGAA